AUGGCGUCAAAGUGGUCGUGGUGUGCCAGUGGCCUUUGUCUGUUCUGGACCCGCGUGCUCGUGCGGCUCAUCCAGUUUGGCAGCUCGCUCGUCGCUUACAUUGCGCUGCAAACGGUCGGGAUCACCUUCCACAACACGGCCGGAGGUCAAACUGUUCCUGUGAUUGUAAACAGCGGCGCGCUCACGUUUGCCCGCAUCAUCAACUUCUUGGCGUUUGUCUACGCAUUCAUUUUUCUCGUGUGUGUCGAGUGGCUCCGUCUCUGCAUCACGCUGCAGUGCCAAUGGGGCUUUGGACGCUUCUUGCAAUGUGGACAGCUGUACCUGGGCGUUGCCAUGUCGUUCCUCGCCAUGCUCGCUUUCUUGGCCAUUGUCGUGCUUGGAAGGAAGGACAAGGACAGCGAAGGCCAUUCUCGAGACCGUCAAGUGCCGCAACAAGGAACGAAUCGCGAGAACCAGGCGUCGUAUGUGCACCAAGGCAGUCCACGAGCAGGCGCUACACCCGUGCCAAUUGUGACGGCUCAGCCAGUGGACUAA